GGCGUGUCUGUGUUGGCAGCGAGUGAGUGAGUGAGUGAGUGGUCUUGUUGGCGGAGCCCCCGGCGCUGAGCCGGCCCCCGUAGAGCAGCUGCGCCCUGCCUGGAACGGGUCGGGAGGUGCCGCCGGGAUACGCGCACACCGCCCUGACCGCCGGCACAGUUUAUGUCGGGAAAAUAAAAUCCGGAGCUCGGUAGUAGGGACUGGGUGUGCACCAGCUGCUCCGGGGCUGUAAGCCAAAAACGUCGUUUCGCGGGUUGAACAGAAGCCCUGUGAGGAUAAAGUAAAGUUGUAGCUGCUGGUUGGCGUUGUUGGUGUUUUGGAAUGGACAGCUCCGUCAGUGGCAGCUUUCAGUGGUGCUGCUGCCUGCGGAGAUCCCAAGCACUUUCCUUUUUAAUGUUUCGGAGGGAGUGCCUGCUGCUGAGCCUGCACUUCACUCGGCUUGUCGAGCAGGCCUGCACCGGCACAGACUCCAUACUCAGCUUUUGUGAUCUGAGGCUUUUCCAGGUUCCUCGGGCAAAGAUGGUGUUGACCUGCCCUGCCGUUUCUCCCGUGUCAUUUGGGAUCAAGCCAUGACUGUCCUGCUGCAGAACGGAAUGGGUUUGGCUGAAGUGGGAAGUACGGGAAGGUGUUUCAGCAGCAGCUCGAGAAGUGGUGGCAGUUGGAGAGGAGUUCUGUGUAGAUGGAAGCCAAAUUUGUGUGCUGGGGAUGUUUGUGGAGCCCCUCUGAGCAGGCACAAGGCGAUAGGUGGUGGUGUGUCCAUAUGGCAGCGGUGCAAAGGACCUGCGUUCAGGAGUGGGCCAUCGGGAAGCUGAGCACAGUGCUUCUCCCUAGCCUUCCAGGGGCAGGGCAUGCCACGUGGCAUGUGUAAAUCUGGAAGGGGGUUUGUUUCUAGGUGAUUUCACCUGUAAUGAAUAUCUGUUGUGAGGAGUUUCAUGUCAGAAGAUGGACAGCUGUGCUUAUAACACAGGGAGCUUUGUAAGCAUGAAUUUUGUGUGUUUGGCUAGAGAUAGUGGACACAACAGAGCUGUUAUUUUAAGAAUUCAGUCAGUGACUUUAGUGUUAGUUGUUUGCCUUUCAAACUAACUUCAUAAAUACAUUGGCUAUAGAGCUAUCUUGUCUAUCUGUUAUUUUAAGACCUGAAUGGUUCUGAAAACAAGUGCCAACAUAGAAGUUGUUAGCAAGGUGCACACAGGUGCCCAAGGUGAAGCAGUAAAAUCCAAUGCUUCUCUCUUGGGAUAGGCUGGGUAACAAAUAACUUAGCAAUGGGGUGCUGCUGCCCACUGUUGCAGAGGAGCUGUGUGCCAUCCAUUGCUACAGUUCAUGAAACUUUUACUGUUGCCAGAGGGCAUCCAGUGGAAGAAGAUUUAAUUAAUUAAACAGCAAAUAAUGCUGAGGUUAUCAUGAGCUGCCUGUGGCAGACAGAUAGUGAAACAGGAAAGUCUGGCCCAAAAGAGUUAACUAAGAGAUUUGGGCCUGUUAACAAGCUACUAACAUCCAAAACGAUCUGUACUUGUUCUGUUCUACUUACUGGACCAAAACUUAAAGAGAAUGGUAAAAGAACCAUGUAAUAGACCUAGAGGUAAUAAAUUAAGUUGCAAUAGGGUAAGGUAGACAUUUGAAUAGAAGAAACAGGCUGGGAGCCAAGGCCUUCUCCAAGCUUUAGUUUUUCACAUAUGGCCUGUAUGUUGUUGAGUUGGGAUAAGGAGAUGAAGGAACAUCAUCUUGCCCUGCUCCUUGACUGUUUAGUUGCUACGUUUUGAAAAAUGGAAGGUUACGUACAGUUGUACAGAGUUCAUAAUUGUUAUGAAUGACUGUAGGGUGAGAAACUUUACCAAAGAGACACCUUGCGUGCCAUACAAAUUUAUUUAUAAAGAUCUUCAAGUAAUAAAAGUUCUUGUAGCUCAGAUAAUUUUUCCUUUGCAGAUGAGUAAUUCUGUUGUUCAUGUGAUCUCAAGCCAGAGUGAUUACCUUGGGAAAGUGAAGCAGGGUUGUCUAUCCCAUUGACUUUCAGGCCAGUGCUGUUGGGACGCUUGUUCAUUUGCUCUGGUCUGCUAUUUGGUAUGGUUCCAGCCCUAGAACACUGUGGUUAUAUUUUAAGUUUCAGAAGAGCGUAAAAUCAAGGUAGUUGGUCCUGGGUCCCGUUACUUUUAAUCAUUUUUUGCCUGAGCAGAGGCAAGGUUUGUAAACAAAAACAACAACAAAAAAAGGCUGGCCUGAUUUUUCCCAAUUUAGGAACUUCUCCAGACUUUUUUUUCAUUUAUUGUGCAACAGACUCGUGCACCUUGUUUACUGGAGAGGGGAAUUAUGUGAGUUGAAUGCUGAAUUAAGAUGAUGGUGUGCAUUUUUGCAGACCUGACUCCCAGCCUCCUCCCUCCCUCCUCCCUGCUUUUCUUCCAAGGGCAGAGUUCAGCACUUCCUAGCAUGGCUUUAUGAAUCAAUCUUCUUUGAUUUCUGGGGUGUUGUUGGACCUGUCUGCAGACUUAGUUUCCAACUUGAAAAUUGUAUCAUCAGUGUGCCAGAGCACGACAUCAAGUAGUGCAGGCUGCUGAUGGAAGAAGAGUCAGGUGUUAUCUGUAGGAGAGGUAAAUUGGGUUCUGGUGGGCUUGGAGCUGUGCCAUCCAUUUGUAAAACAUAGACUGUGCAUAUCUCUGGCACUGAUGGCCACCUUCAUGGUUUCUACCCUGUUUCCUGCAGCUUUUUGAGAUGCUGAUGAAGAAGCACAGGUUUGGGAAGCUUCAGAAUAAUGCUCUUGCAGCGAUGAGGCAGAGAUCUGUGCUCCUGUGAGCAGAAAGUAAGGCACCAAAGCAGGAUCUGUUCAGCGAGUCGAGCUGUAGAGAAAGCAAAUGGACUAGAUGAGGUGCAGGAUUACAACCAAAGGGUAAAUCUUUGCUUCCCUGUGUGUAUGAGAAGAUAGUUAGGAAGCAUGUAGGUAAAAGGAAUAGAAGCCUCUAGAAAGCAGGACUUGUUCUGGGAGGGCUCUGAUAGCCCAUCUCAGCUGUCUGAGCUGCAGCUGUCAGGGCCAAGGCGUUGACUUAGAAGGCUCAUUAAAGCAACAGCAAAGCUAUGCUGUGUGUGUGUCUCAUCGGGCUGUAGCUCUUGAAAAGCACACGAGUUAUGCACCACGGGAGUCUGCACUGCAGACCUACUUUCAGAUGCAAUUUUUUGUGUCUUGCUUCUAAAAGCCUUUAGCUCAAGGACCAAUUUUAUUUCCAUGAAUAAUUUGAUGGUUUAACGUGAGCAGGUUUAAGCUCUUGUGUAAGAACCUGCUGAGCCUGCCUCUGUGGUAUAAAAACUUUCAACUUGAAAUGAGGGUGGCUUGCUUUUUGGUAUUUUAAUCUCCCUUUAAAUGCUUCAUACUUGUUAGAGAGCAAAUUUUGUUUGGUUUCUCUUCAUGCUGAGACUCUAUCUGAUUUAGAGCUGUUUUCCAGGGUUGGUAUAAACAUAACCUUGUAAUGCUUUCCUCUUAGCCUCAGCUCCUCUCCAUCACAUUGUUUUUUAUCCAUACUGAUGCCAAAACAGAAGUUACAUUGCAAGAAUACAAAAGGAAAAAAAUCAAGUCAGUUAGCAGUUGCCAGUGAUUUUUAAGUACUACUGUGUGUAGUAGUAAGUUGUACUGAAGUUGUAAUGAGACAUAGGAAUAUUUUUGUGCCUCAGAAAUCAUUCAUUUUUUACAAGGGUUUUGAUGAUAGUUCAUAACCAGAAAGCAGUACAGGUCUUUACUUAGAGUAAGCCCAACCUGAAUGAAGGAGACAGAUAAAGAAUAGCGCAUCAUUCAUCUACAUGUUUGUCAAAGAUCCCCAGAAAAGUGUGGAAGAUGAAAUUGAAUCCAUUCUGCAGGAGCGAAUAAUGGUUUUGGAUGGAGGCAUGGGGACCAUGAUUCAGCAACAUGCCCUGACAGAAGAAGAUUUCCGAGGGCAUGAAUUUAAAGAUCAUUCCAGGCCUUUAAAAGGCAAUAAUGACCUUCUUAGUAUAACUCAACCUGAUAUAAUCUGUGACAUACACAAGGAGUACUUGCUGUCAGGCGCUGACAUCAUUGAAACUAACACUUUCAGCAGCACCCGAGUUGCACAGGCUGACUACGGCCUUGAGCAUUUGGCAUAUCGGUUAAACAGAGUCUCUGCACAGGUAGCCCGAAAAGCAGCGGACACUGUAACUGCUCAGACAGGAAUUAGGAGAUAUGUUGCUGGAGCCAUGGGUCCGACAAACAGGACACUCUCUGUGUCACCAUCUGUGGAGAGACCAGAUUACAGGAACAUAACUUUUGAUGAACUGGUUGAAGCCUAUACGGAACAAGCCAAAGGGCUUUUGGAUGGAGGAGUUGAUAUCUUGUUAGUGGAAACCAUAUUUGAUACCGCCAAUGCUAAGGCAGCUCUUUUUGCACUCCAAAUGUUGUUUGAAGAAGAAUAUGCUCCACGACCCAUAUUUGUUUCUGGAACCAUUGUGGAUAAGAGUGGGCGUACCCUCUCUGGCCAGACAGGAGAGGCAUUUGUCAUUAGUGUUUCCCACAGUAAGCCACUUUGUAUUGGCUUAAAUUGUGCUUUAGGGGCAGUUGAAAUGCGUCCAUUCAUUGAAACAAUUGGAAAAUGUACCACAGCCUACAUCAUCUGUUACCCCAACGCAGGUCUCCCCAAUACUUUUGGUGGUUAUGAUGAAACUCCAGAAGUGACUGCCAAGCAUAUAAAGACUUUUGCUUUGGAUGGUUUGGUCAACAUAGUUGGAGGUUGCUGUGGUACUACACCAGCACAUAUCAGGAAAAUUGCUGAAGCUGUGAAAUUCUGUAAGCCUCGUGUUCCACCUUCUCUCUCUCCAGGAUACAUGCUGCUGUCAGGUCUGGAACCAUUCAGGAUUGGGCCAUACACCAACUUUGUUAAUAUUGGAGAACGCUGCAAUGUUGCAGGAUCACGGAAGUUUGCUAAACUCAUCAUGGCAGGCAACUAUGAAGAAGCCCUGGGUGUAGCCAAACUGCAAGUUGAGAUGGGGGCCCAGAUUCUUGACAUCAAUAUGGAUGAUGGGAUGCUGGAUGGCCCUGCUGCAAUGACCAGAUUUUGUAACUUGAUUUCUUCAGAACCGGAUAUUGCAAAGGUGCCAUUGUGCAUUGACUCCUCAAAUUUUUCAGUGAUCGAAGCAGGUUUGAAAUGUUGCCAAGGUAAAUGCAUUGUAAAUAGCAUCAGCCUGAAGGAAGGUGAAGAAGACUUUUUGGAGAAAGCAAGGAAAAUUAAAUUAUAUGGAGCAGCUGUGGUUGUUAUGGCUUUUGAUGAAGUGGGGCAGGCAACAGAAACAGAAACCAAGAUUGCAAUCUGUUCCAGAGCUUAUCAUCUCCUUGUGGAUAAAGUGCACUUCAAUCCGAAUGAUAUAAUAUUUGACCCUAAUAUUUUGACCAUAGGAACUGGAAUGGAAGAACAUAACCUUUAUGCCAUAAAUUUUAUCAACGCUACUAAAACCAUAAAAGAAACACUGCCAGGAGCCAGGAUAAGUGGAGGUCUUUCCAAUCUGUCUUUCUCCUUUCGGGGAAUGGAUGCUAUUCGAGAAGCAAUGCAUGGAGUGUUCCUUUACCACGCGAUUAAGUAUGGCAUGGACAUGGGAAUUGUGAAUGCUGGGAAUCUGCCAGUGUAUGAUGAUAUCCACAAGGAAUUACUACAGCUGUGUGAGGAUCUAAUCUGGAACAAAGAUCCUGAUGCAACGGAGAAACUUUUACAUUAUGCUCAGAAUCAUGCCCAAGGAGGAAAGAAAGUUGUACAGACUGAUGAGUGGCGUAAAAGCUCUGUGGAGGAAAGGCUGGAAUAUGCUCUCAUAAAGGGCAUUGAGAAGUAUGUCACUGCAGAUACAGAAGAAGCAAGAUUAAAUCAGGAAAAAUAUCCUAGACCUCUAAAUGUAAUUGAGGGACCUUUGAUGAAUGGCAUGAAAAUUGUUGGUGAUCUUUUUGGUGCUGGAAAGAUGUUUCUGCCUCAGGUAAUAAAGUCUGCUCGAGUUAUGAAGAAAGCAGUUGGCCACCUUAUUCCCUAUAUGGAAAAAGAAAGAGAGGAAAGGAGAGCCAAACGAGGCAGCGUAGAGGAAGAGGAUCCUUAUCAGGGUACAAUAAUAUUAGCAACUGUGAAAGGAGACGUACAUGAUAUUGGCAAGAACAUUGUGGGAGUUGUUCUGGGCUGCAACAACUUCAGAGUUAUUGAUUUAGGAGUCAUGACUCCAUGUGAUAAGAUAUUGAGAGCUGCUAUUGAGAACAAAGCAGAUAUAAUUGGCCUGUCUGGUCUAAUCACCCCAUCUUUAGAUGAGAUGAUUUUUGUCGCUAAGGAAAUGGAGAGAUUGGCAAUAAAGAUUCCUUUGCUGAUUGGAGGAGCAACUACUUCUAAAACACACACAGCUGUUAAAAUUGCCCCACGAUAUAGCGCACCUGUAAUUCAUGUCCUGGAUGCAUCCAAGAGUGUUGUGGUUUGCUCCCAGCUUUUAGACAGUAGUGUAAAGGAUGAUUUCUUUGAAGAAAUCUUAGAGGAAUAUGAAGAAAUUAGACAAGAACAUUAUGAGUCUCUCAAGGAAAGAAGAUACUUGUCUCUACAGCAAGCUAGAAGAAAAGGUUUCCAUAAUGACUGGUUAUCAGGCCAUAAACCGGUUAAACCAAAAUUCAUCGGCACAAAAGUCUUUGAAGAUUAUGACCUGAAGAGGCUGGUAGAAUACAUUGACUGGAAACCUUUCUUUGAUGUCUGGCAACUUAGGGGAAAAUAUCCCAAUCGGAGUUUUCCUAAGAUCUUCAGUGAUAAAACUGUAGGUGAAGAAGCAAAGAGAGUUUAUAAUGAUGCUCAAGAUCUACUGAAAACAUUGAUUAAUCAAAAGAAAUUACAAGCCAGAGGUGUGGUUGGGUUCUGGCCAGCUCAAAGUGUUCAGGAUGAUAUCCACUUAUAUGCUGUGGAAGAGGCAGUGGGAUCUUCAGAACCAAUAGCAAAAUUUUAUGGCUUGAGGCAACAGGCUGAAAAGGACUCUUCCUGCACAGAUCCAUACUACUGCCUCUCUGACUUUAUAGCACCAAUGGAUUCUGGCAUUUGUGACUACUUAGGCCUAUUUGCUGUGGCCUGCUUUGGUGUGGAUGAAUUAUGCAAUGAAUUUAGGAAACAGGAUGAUGAAUACAACAUCAUAAUGGUAAAGGCUCUCGGCGAUCGGUUGGCAGAGGCAUUUGCUGAGGAGCUCCAUGAAAGGGUUCGAAGGGAAUUCUGGGCUUACAGUAAUACUGAACAGCUCAAUCUCUCUGACCUACGCAAAAUUAAAUAUGAGGGAAUUCGCCCUGCCCCUGGAUAUCCAAGCCAGCCUGACCAUACAGAAAAACUCACCAUGUGGAAACUUGCAAACAUUGAGGAAACAACAGGAAUUGGUUUAACGGAAUCACUAGCAAUGAUACCUGCUUCUGCAGUUUCUGGCCUCUACUUUUCCAGUCCCAAUUCCAAAUAUUUUGCUGUUGGAAAGAUAUGUAAAGAUCAGGUUGAAGAUUAUGCACUGAGAAAAAAUGUGUCUGUUGCAGAAGUGGAGAAAUGGCUGGGACCCAUUUUGGGAUAUGAUACUGAACAACUGUGAUACUUGUGGGUGAACUUUUUUUUUUGAUGGUCCAUUUACCAGAAGGAACAAGAGAAGACUUCACACUGAAAUCAGUCCAUCCAUCCAUCCCAAUAGGUUGUCUGAUUACUUUAAGUUUUUGAUCAAGGAACGUAAUAUUUCAAAUCAAAUCUGCCCUGUGCCCUUGGCUUGAGACCAUGAAUGCAUUUCAGAUCUCUCACUUAUAGCAGCAUACUUUUAUUUAUUUUUAUUUUUUUGCACAAAGCAGAGAAGCUACCUGUAGGGUGAGAUGUGGAAAAUGCAAAGCUCUCCUGUCCACAGGAAGGAUUUGAAAUCAGGAGCAAGAAUUUCUAUCCCAUUGGCUAUGGAUAUACCUAGACCAGAAUUUGACUUGUGUUAUUUUUAAGUGUUUGGCAAGUCCAGGAACAGAAAUAUGAUGUGAUUUUUCUGUAAAGUCACAAAAGGUUUUAUACUGACUGAGGAGGAACAGUUGAAGUACAGAUCUCCUUUUUAAAAUCUGUCUUCUCUGUGUUUAGGUCUUGAGUUUGGAACGUAGGUUGUUCUCGAUGAUAUUUAGAAUAAUACAAUGUGCUGGAUCAGUAUCAGAGAUUCUGUAUUGUGAAAUGGGAUGACUGAGCCCAUGGAGUUGUCCACUUCAUGCUUCCUCUUCCUUUCAGCAAGUCACAAUCUGUUUCUACUCUGUAUAAAGGGUAGUGGCGCUUCCUACCUUCGAGUUAUGUUGUGAGGCUUAAUUCAUACAUAAACAAUCGUUUGUAUGUGAAAAAUAUGAGAAGCAUAUUUGUUACUAUAGACAGACAGAAAGCUUGGAGCUGACUUCAAUGUUUUACAGGCUCUUUAACCUUCCAGAUACCUGGAUUUAAAAAGCAACUAGUAGUGAUACUGUCAUAUGUAACAGUUAUUAUUGAAGACGUAUUCUUCAGAUUCAACUCUCAGUGAUCUAAUUGUUCAUAGGUUUCAAUAAUCUCUGAAAAGUGCCUCAAGUAUUAUUUAAAUGCUAAUUUAGUAAAAUAUUGUGAAAGAAACCCCUCAUUUUUUCUGGUCUCUAAUUGUAAAUAAAAGACUAAUCUUGUAAAGAGAAUGUUCUUUUUAAUAGUUUAUUGCAAUCUAUUAAUAGCUAUAUAAUUUUUGUAAUGUCUUCACCUAACGCUAUGCUAAAAGAAUCAUCUUGUAUCAACAGUUUAAUAAAGGUUAAGCUGUCAAUGCUAUUAUCCCAUUAGAAUUCUUUUGGGAUCCUAUUGCGCACGAUAAAAUGUGCACAAU